AUGACUAAAGUUGGUAUGUCACUGACACAAAUUACAGCUGAUAAUUUCAAUGCUGCUACAAAGGAUUCCGAAAAAAUUGGCGACAUCCCUAUUGUUGAGGGUGUAUUCGAAGUUUUACCUCAAAAUAUCAAGAUAUUUGUGGUGGAGAAGGCCCUGCUGAUGACACCCAAUAAAAUAUACAUUGUGGACGGAUCUGAGCAACAAAUAGUAAAUCUGAAGAAAGAAUUGAUUGAUACAAAAUUAAUGGUACCAUUGAAAACCUAUGACAAUAAUUGGCUUGUUCGGACAGAUCCAAAGGAUGUAGCAUGUAUGAGAGAAAUGACUUGGAUUGUUACAAACGAUAAAUUUGAUAUCGAGUGCCAUGCGGCUUCCGAUGUAAAGUGGAAUUUCGGUCGGUGGAUGGAUCGGAAUCGGUGCAGUGAUGAAUUGGAUAGUCGUUUCCCGAAAUGUAUGGCUGGUCGUACACUAUAUGUAGUACCAUUUUCACUAGGCGCAACCGGUGCACCACUUUGCAUAUCCGGUGUAUUGUUAACAGAUACACCGUAUAUCGUACUGAUGAUGUGUAUCAUGACACGUGUUUCUCCUGAUGUUUGGCUGAAUAUAGGUGAGGAAGGUGAACAUGUGAGUUGUAUCCACUCUAUCGCUACGCCUCUGUCAACCCAAAAACAACAAAACUGGCGAUGUAAUCUGGAGAAGGCACUAACUGUGCAUCUUAUCAAUGAGAGACAAGUAUGGUCGUUUGGUACUACAUAUGGUUACAAUACUCUUACAAGCAUCAAAUGCUUCGGUUUACAAUUGGCAUCGGUAUUGGCUUACAAGAAUGAUUGGCUAGCAGAACAUAUGCUUAUCAUAGGUGUGAAACCCCCUGGAGGUGAAGAGCUUUUUAUAGCAGCAGCGUUUUCUUCAAGAACCGACAAAAUUAACUUAGCAACGAUGAAACCAUCGAUUAAGGGAUGGGAAGUACGCUGUAUUGGGUGUGACAUUGCAUGGCUUAAAUUUGGUUUGGAUGAUCGCCUCUAUGGAUAUAACCCAGCAAGUGGUAUUUUAUGCACCGCACCGGGUAGUAAUAAUAAAACCAGUCCACAUGCUAUCACUGCUAUAAGCAAAAAUACGAUAUUCACAAAUGUUGCCGAAACUGCCAAUGGGGAAUAUUUCUGGGAAGGACUAGAGCAAGAUAUUGAGAAUCCGGCAGUUGAAAUGAUCAAUUGGCAAGGACAAAAAUGGAAAAUAGGCCAAGAAGGCCGUGCAGCACAUACAGAUGCUUGCUAUUGUGUUCCGUUUGAACAGAUUCCAAAUAGACAUCCAGAAUGGGAUACAGAAAAUGGUGUACCCAUAUCGGCAAUCAUUUUUGGCACGAAUAGAUCCUUGGGCAUACCUCUUGUUACUGAAUCACUUUCAUGGCAGCAUGGAGUUUUCAUGGCUGCAUCGCUUCGGUCUGAAUCAACCUGUGCAAAAGAUUAUAAUGAACUCAAAGUAGAACACGACCCCAUGGCAAUGGGGUCAUUUAUUGGAUAUAACCUUGGGAAAUACUUGCAAUAUUGGCUGGACAUGGAUAGUUUAGGCCAUAAGGUACCCAAGAUUUUCUUUGUCAAUUUCUCCCAAAAAGAUUCCAAUGGAAAAUGCAUUUGGCCUGGAUGCGGUGAAAACAUUCGGAUUUUGGAAUGGAUCGUGAAGAAAGUUGGAGGUGCUAAGACGACAAUUUCUCGUACCACUGUCAUUGGCAAUAUUCCCACCGAAAAUAGCAUCAGCUGUUCUGGUUUGCCGAAAAUUGAUAUAAUCAAACUGCUAAAUGUGCAGAAAGACUUUUGGCUAGAAGAAGCUAAAGAGACACGAAGAUUCUUCGAGCAGCAAAUUGGUUCUGAUUUACCACCUAUCCUCAAGAAGGAAAUGGAAGAACAGGAGAAACGAAUAAAUGAAAUUUAAGAUAGGAGUAAACAAUCAUUUAUCAAAAUGCAACAUGCACAUAAAAAUAACUCAGUACAGCGUCAAGUUUUCCCUUUUUUUAUUUUGUGUUAGAAUUAACUCGCUAAAAUCUGAGAUGAAAAAUGCUAUUUGUUUCUUUCUAGUUUUUCGCUCUUACUGGUGGAUCAAAUCAGCUUGAAGUUCAAUCAUUCAAGUCUGAUAAUUUAGGCAGUUGGUGUCUGCUUAUCAAUUGAAACUAAAUUAGUAGUGACAUCGAGACACUGCAGAUAAUUCUGGAUUUUAUCAAGUCGAAAUAUAUAAAGAUGAAGUAUAAAUAUUCCUAUACCCAGUGCUAUCUUCAUCUAACCCGGAAUUUAGUGCUUCAAAUUUGCAGUUCAAACUGCUUAAUCUGAAUUAGAUGUAGUAGUGCACCAGGAAUAUAUUUCCU